AUGGGAGGUAAAAGAAAGAAAGGUGGAAAGAAAGGAAAUAAGAAGUCAAAAACGGUAGAUAAAGAAGUUGAGUUUGUUUGUACUGUCAAACCACGUCAGCAAACAGAGCAAGAGCAGGAUGGUGACGAAUCAGAGCAUGAUGUGCAGGACCAACCACAAGAAGUGCAGGACCAACAGCAAGAUGUGCACGACCCAGAGCAUGAUGGUGAUCAUGAAAAGGAGCAAGAAAAGGAGCAUGAUCAGGAGCGACAACAAGAGCAGCAAGUUUCUAACGAACCUGAAGGUGAGAUAGAACAUACUCUGGAGCCUGAGGUUGGAAGCUGUCGUAAGAGAAAGCGUGGACCAACCAUGAUGAGAGACUUGGCCAAAGAUCCAAAUACCAGAGUUCAUGUGGAUUUCACUUUUAUGGGAGAAGCAUAUGGUCCUGGUUCAGUGAAGUUGUCUUCAUAUUUAGGUCCCUUGGUAAGGGAACACGUCCCUGUUACAUUAGAGACUUGGAAAAAAAUCACUGAAGAAGUGAAGACAGUGCUCUGGAAAUCAGUCCAGGCAAGGUUUGAAGUUGAUGAGGAGUACCAAAGAGUUGCAGUUCUGAAGCAGAUGGGAGCUUUAUGGAGGUCAUCCAAGUCACGACUAGUAACCCAAAUCAAUGAAGCUGAAAAUAACCAACAAAGGAUGAAUCUCAGACCCAAGAAUGUGCCUCCAGUUGAAUGGCGUAAAUUUGUGAAGCUAAAGACAAGCCAAGAAUUCAAGGUUCUGAGUGAUAGCUACAAGGAGAGGAGACGCAAACAGAUUCCUCACACUUGUAGUCGAAAGGGAAUGGUUCGACUAGCAGAAGAAAUGAAAAAUAGUUCUGAAGACCCAUCUGAAGUGUCAAGACUUAAAGUCUGGGUGAAGUCACGUACAAGAAAAGAUGGAACUCCUAUAAACACUAAUGCCGCUGAGAAGAUUCAAAAGGCUGCUGAGAUUGCUACCGGUGCUAAGCAGACUGGUAAAAACGAAGAUGAAGACACACUCAUCCAGGUUUUAGGACCUGAUAAUCCUGGUCGUAUGAGAGCAAUGGGGAGGAAUGUCAGUAAGACAAAAUUAGCUUGCUUCAAUGUCAACCACAAGUCUAUUUCUGAAAUGCAAGAGAAGCAAUUGCAUCUCCAGAAAAAGGUUAACGAGUUACAGUCUGAACUUGCAAUAGUUAAAAACCAGAGAGAAGACAAUGAGGUUGGGGAAAACUCGGCUGCUAGAAGUGUGAACAAGAUAUCCCAGAAGAGGUGUCUUUUGAUUGAUUGGGCUGAUGAAGAAGGGAACGUUGGUGAAGGCUGUAUCCUCUCUUCUGACCCAAAUGACAUAGUCAAUGACAGUCGCUUAGGCCCUUCGGAUCUUAAAGUCUUGGUUGAAGCUGCUACUGAACCAGAAGCAUUCCUCUGGCGACCUGCGAGUAACAUGUGCACAAUUAAGGAAGCAGUGGGUCAUAUUAUUGCAUGGCCGAAGAAUAAAUGUGUGGAACUAGGUCUGGGGCUUGAUCCAGAAGACAUUGCACCACUGGGCUCUAGAGCAACUUCUCUCAACAAAUGCAAACUACUGGAUUUGUCUGAUGAUGAUGUCGUUGUGGGUGAAGGGCGUUGGCAGACAAAAGAAGCAAAAGCAUUGGUCAAUGGACUUCCUCUCGGACCUAAAGCGGUAAAAGUUUUCCUGGAUGUUGUACAUGAGCAGGGAACAUAUUUAUGGAGGCUUACGAUGGAUCUUGCAUACCUCGAGGACUGCGUACACUCUUUUAUAUCAUAGCCUGUUCGGAAAGUUGUCUUUGACAAUCCACCAGAAGCAACAUCACAACAAUCUCCUACUCCAAAAACCGUCUCUUCAGUAGGAAGAGAAACAGGUAUCAAAAAUACAUCUGUUGGUUCCAAAUCUGUAGCAACAACAUCAACUCCUACUGAGGAGUCUCCACCAUCUG